AUUCUAAGCCAUAAUAUUGACAAUGGCAUCAAUGGAUUCUGCUUCAUUUUUUCGGGACAAGAACCUAGGGGCAGAGUCUCCUAUUUCUGGCUUGAUUGCAUUGCUGGCAGCAAUUGAUGCUCUCUCUCAUGUGAGUGGUCUUGGUGACCUUACUAAACAGCUUGUCUUUGUAGUUUUCACGGGUGAGGCAUGGGGUUACCUUGGGAGUCGAAGAUUUUUGCUUGAGCUUGACAUGCAUUCAGAUGCUGUCCAUGGGCUUAAUAACUCACAAAUUGAAAUGGUUAUUGAAAUUGGUUCCAUUGGAAAGGGUUUCAGUGAAGGUGUUCAUAAUUUUUUUGCUCACACAUCAGGGGUAUCUUCUGCUACAAAUGAGACAUUGGCUGCCUUGAGGCAUGCACAAGAGUCAUUGCUGCCUGAGAACAUUAAGAUCACGUCUCCAAGUGACUCAAAUCCUGGGAUACCUCCAUCAUCCUUUAUGGCAUUUUUGAAAAAGAAUCCUGCAAUCUCUGGGUUUAUCUUGGAAGAUUUUGAUGCUGUCUUUACCAACAAGUUCUACCAUAGCCACCUUGAUGAUUUAUCAAACGUAAACUCAUCAGCUAUAGCUGCAGCUGCUUCUCUUGUUGCCCGAACUCUGUACAUUCUUGCUAUUGAAAAGGAAGAUUUGAAAGAUUCAGCUUUAACUGCUAUAAAUGUAAAUGCGUCACUUGUUGAAGAACUUAUGGGUUGCUUAUUGACCUGUGAUCCUGGCCUUUCUUGUGAAUUAGUGAGGAGCUAUAUUUCACCUUCAUCAGCCUGUCCUAGCCAUUAUGUUGGUGUUUUCGUUGAUGAACCUUCAUCUACGCCAUACCCAGGAUACAUUAACGAUGUUCCCAGAUUUAUCUGGAAUUUUUUAUCUGACAAAACCUCUAUUUCAAAGGAAAAUGGUAGCACCGGUUGUCAGCAAGAUUGCAAAAGUAGGGAUGAAGUUUGCAUUAAAGCAGAGACUGACGGGAAGGGGGUUUGUGUUACCUCUACAACCAGGUAUGUCCCAGCGUAUUCAACGCGAUUAGAAUAUGAGUCAGGAGUAUGGAAUGUCUUGCCCUCUAAUUCAUCUGACAACAUGGGAGUUGUGGACCAAGUCUGGACAGAAAGUAAUUGGAACACAAUUGGGAUUCAAGUGUACACUGUCCAAGAUGCGGCUUAUGAUCGUCUUGUUCUGUUUGGGGGUAUCACCGUUACAAUAUUAGCAUAUGUUGCAAUAGUAAUUACAAGAGCUGUGAUCACCAAAGCCAUGAAGAGGGAUUGAUUUUUUUUUUUUUUGGAGAAUUGCCCAGAAAUUUUGGUGACUAGGGAUGAAUCAAAUAGGAUUAUUUGGCAGUCAAAUUUUCAAGGAUGUGAAAUAUUUUGGCAGCAUCCUUGUGCGUGUGAAUUCUAUGUAGGAAUUCUGUCAUUACCACAACUUGUAGGGCAAUCAUAACUUUCUGUAACUGAAGGAAUAAGAAAAACUGGAAGGUCUUGUGAUAUGUCAGUCUUUUCCUUUGCCCCUUUGUGCUGUAAAUGUCAAUUGCGGUACGUGUUGUAUAAAUUUAACGUAGUUUCUUAUUGUCUCAA